CGGACUUAUCAGCCCCACUUUAAGGCCGGACCGAGCAACGAAUGCUGACAGUUUACAGCGACCCAAAGAUGCAGCAGCAUGUCAGAAACAGGCUGUUCAAAAUCUCUCUUGCUGCUGACUCUGUUGCUUGCGUACCUCGGCCAAGUGCCUGGUGAGGGAGGUGCGUUUCAGCGCGUUUUCCAGACGGAGGAGACAGUUCGUCAAAACAAGGCGCAUGAGAUGCGGCGUCAGAUGAACUUUCGUGCCAGUCCCUGCAGCGAUUUCUACGAGUAUGCCUGCGGCAAUUGGGAAACGGAGUCCACGCCGCUGGCCAAGCUGGAACACCGCAUAGAUGUGGAUUUGAUGCGACUGCUGGAGGAGAGUGCACAUCGCAAGGACAGUGCUCUUGCACGUCAAGCCAAAGAAUUCUACCAAUCCUGCCUUGUGGCCCGGGCCCACCAGAGUCAGCAGCAGCAGGACUUUCUCAGCGAUUUCAUUCAGCAAAACGGUGGCUUCCCAGCCGUACCAGGCUCGAAGUGGGCUGCAUAUAACCUAGAAUACAACUGGGCCCAGGUAACAGGCCGACUGCGACGACACUAUGGCAUGGAUAUCCUCAUAGGGCUGCGCGUCAGCUACAACUAUGCCAGCGUGCAGGAGAAUAGCAUCUACUUAAGUGAGCCAACCACCUUAAUUCCCAGGGAACUGUGCACCAAACGCCACCUUAAUGAACGCGAUUCGGCAUAUAAGGCGAUCGAACGGCUAGUGGCCACCCAACUUAAGACCUGGCUAGCAAUGGGCAAUGAGGAGUCCGCUCGACUCGCAGGCGAGAUUGUCAGCUUGGAACAUGAGCUGUGUGGUGGAAUGCAUGGCCUGGAACCUUGGAAUGCCGAGCAGCAGCUCUACACGGCCAAUUUUACCCGAAAGACACUAUCUGAGCUUUCCCAGCUCUACGAUCUAGAUUUCAAGACAUAUGUGAGCAGCAUCUACGAUCAGACUAUCUUCAGGCCCGUCUACAUGGCAGCUCCUGACUAUUAUCGCCAACUGAAGCGCACACUGAGUAUCCGCAAUGGUACCCAGAUAGCCAACUAUGUCAUGUAUCGGGCAGUCGCUGCCCUCAUAUUUCCGCUAGAGGAUAAGCCGGAGCACAGGCCAGCCUACUGUUUGGCCACGGUUAAGCGCCUUUUGCCAGCUGCUUUGGGCGAGCUGUAUGCUAGUCAGUAUGUCACGGAGGAAUUCAGACUGCAACUGCUUCAGCUUUACGACCAGUUGAAGGAUGCACUAAAGCGGAGCGUGAGCGCCGACUGGCUGGAAGAGGGCAGCAGACGCGUUGCUCAACGUAAGCUAAGCGAUCUACAAUUAAUACUGCCAAGUUACGAGCAACCUCUGGCACUGCGGCUAACUCUGGACCGAAGCAACUAUUGGCACAAUCUACGUCAGCUUUUGGAUGAGGUGCAAGCACAGCAGCUAAAGCGCCAGCUUGAGGAGAGCCCGCCAAUGCCAGCCGAUCCUGUGGAGGCCUAUGAAACUCGGGUGCACUACCGGCCUGUCCAGCGGCGGCUUGAGAUGGGCUGGGCGCUGCUGCAGCCGCCUGACUACGAUGAGCGCUACGGCCAUGCCCUGCGCUACGCUACUGUAGGAACCGUGCUGGCACGACAGAUGGCCACGGCUUUCGACGAGCUGCAUUGGUCGAUUGGCCUGCUCGAGCACGACAACUGGGACCCACUGACGGCUUAUAGGUAUCAGAAUCGAAGUGAAUGUUUUGGACGCCACGUGGAGGAGUAUCUGCAGCACAAUUCAACCGCCACACAGCUGCUAAUAAAUUCCAGUGCCGGUCUGAACAUUGCCUUUAACGCCUACCUCACAUGGCUGGGCUUGCAGGCACCCAACAAUGACUUCGUGCGUCUUACUAAGGAGACCCUGCCCGGGCUAAACUACUCCAACACAGCACUCUUCUUCCUAGCCUUCGCCCAGCAACACUGCAAUCCGAAGGAGCAGCAUUAUGGCGAGCCCAAUUUAUGGCCUACGAUCACGUAUAGUGUCCGACAAUCGCACAGCUGGACUCGCCUAGCAGUAAAUGGGCCGUUAAGAAACUUGGCAGAUUUCGCACGUGAAUUCCAUUGCCCAGCCGGAUCACCAAUGAAUCCUUCAGAGAAGUGUACUAUUUACCGGCGCUCAUCUUUCAGCGCCGGGCUCAGUCGAUUUUUGAACGCUAAAAUGGGAACUACACGAGUUGCUCUAUUACUGUCACUAUUUCUGUCUCACCUUGCCGGGAAAGUCUACGGGGCCGGCACACAAUACAGGUACAACAACAUAAAUCGCGCGAGCAUGCAGGCAGGUAUUUCGCCGCAGGCCGCCGCCAUGCCCAGCCUCGGCAACAACAACGUUGAGAGUCGCCAGGAGCAGAAAGUGCGCCAAACCAUGGCCAGAGACAUACACAAGUACAUGAAUCUGAGCACCGAUCCCUGCGUGGAUUUCUACGAGUACGCUUGCGGAAACUGGGGACGGUACCACAGUCGCCAACUGCGCGCUGGUGAGCUGAUCACGGCCCAGCACCUGGUCGAGGCGCGCAUAGCGGAGCAGCUGCAGGAUUUGCUGACACUCCCGUUGCCACCGCAGCACCAUCCCAACGAAUACAGCGCAGCGAGCGCGGCAAAUGUGCGCAAGGUGCGCAGCUUCUACGAUUCGUGUGUCGCCGUGGAGGCCAACACUGCCGAGCGGCGACAAUUCCUAAUGAAGAUUCUGCGGGAACACGGCGGACUGCGCAAUGUGCCCAAUUCGAACUGGAAGCCCGACUAUCACUGGCUGCAAAUGCUGGCAGCGCUGCGACGCAACUAUGGCCUGGAUAUACUAAUCGGCCUGGAGGUGGACCUCAAUCUGCAGCAGCUGCGCGGCAACAGUAUUUACCUGGGCGAACCCCGCCUGACUAUCAUACCACCGGAGCACUGCAGCGCAAUAGCCACGCGGCAGGCGAAUGUGCGCGACGAGAUCUACGAGCAGAUCCAGCAGCAAGUUGCGGAUAACAUGCGAGAUUGGUUCGGCAUGGAGAGUGGCGAGGCGGCACGUUUCAGCGGCGAUAUUGUACGCUUUGAAUUUGACCUUUGCAAACGCAUGCGAGAGGAGGAGACCCUGCCGGGGUCCGAGCCCGACAAUCAGCAGGAAUCAGCACAGGCUCCCGUUUACGGCGGACGUUCUCGCAUCGGGCAGGAGAGAUUGCGCCAGCAGCCCGGCGGUAGCUCACUCUAUCCGCGAAUGACACUGACCGAGCUGACCACUAAGCUGAGCAACUGGCUUGACUUUAAGCUCUUUGUCGAGAGCAUUUUAGAGGACGCCUAUACGGAACAUGUGUACCUGCGCUCCCAGAGCUAUUUGACACACCUGGUGCGGACAGCCAAAGCCAACAAUCCGAUAACAAUUUCCGGUUACAUUAUAUACAGGGCACUGCUGGAGCUGAACCAACCGCCAGAGGAGCAGGCGAUGCGGCGUCCACGUCAGUGCGUCCAUGUGAUGCAGCGGCUCUUCCCGCAGGUUCUGGGCGACAUGUACCAACGCCACGUGCAACGCGAUGACGCACAGCAUGACAUGGAGCAGGUGUUCAGCGACCUGGUGAAGGCCUUUGAGCAACUGCUCAAGGUUGACUGGCUGGACGAAAGUGAUCGACGGACGGCCAGGACCAGAUUGGCCCAAUACCACACCCAGUUGCCAGACUACCAAGGCGUCGAUCUCUCGGGUCUGCAAUUCCAGAAAAACGAAGACUACUGGCGAAGGCUGGAGACGACACUGCGCUUCAAUUCUCGUGAAUAUCUUAACAAGCUGCGGGGCAAUGAUUUUGCACAGAUCCCCGAGGGCACGGUGAAUGCCUUCGAAGUGCGUGCCGCGCUGGUGCCUCGCCAGCAAGCGGUGCUCGUGGGCUGGGGUCUAAUGCAGGAACCCUACUACAGCUACUACUAUCCCAAGGCGCUGAAAUAUGCGCUGCUGGGACAGCGACUGGCCAGCGCACUGCUGCAGGCCUUUGAUGACGAGGGCUGGAACAGACACCCCCAGGCGACGGCGCCCUGGAACGAGCUGACAAUGGCCGGCUACCGGAACGCCACCGAGUGCCAGCGUGCCCAAUACAGCAAUUACCUGUCGAAUCAGCCCAGCGAGUUCCGCAAUGCGACGCGCCUGAGAGAAAUCAUCGCCGAGGGCGGGGCUCUGAAUGUCGCUUUCAAUGCGUACUUGGGCUGGCUUGAGCUGGUCCAUGGCCUGAAACCUCUGCUUUUCCGAGAGACGCUUCCCGAGCUCAACUUCACUAACACGCAGCUUUUCUUCAUAUAUUUUGCCCAGCUUCGCUGCUGGGCCAAGCCGGACGAGCAGCCCGCAUCCGAGGCAAUGCCCCUCAUGCAGCACACACCCCAACGCUGGGAUGUCAACGGGCCACUGAGUAACUCGGAAGAGUUCGGACGGGAAUUCGGCUGUGCACUGGGCACCCACAUGAACAGCGGCAAAAAGUGCCUAAUUUUUUAAGACAACUAACAAUAGCAAAAAACUUAGUCAAGAUAAGUUCGCGAAGGUAAAAUUAAGACUAGACACUUAAGAGUGUUCCACUGAGAUAUACCCCAUCUAAACAUAUUCUUAAACCCAUUUCAUCUGGUUACAAUCAAGGCACAUUUUAUUAAAUAUUUAGCAAAAAGAGUAGCAAAAGCCUC